GUUUAUGCUUAGCUGAGAGUUAAUUUUAUGUUUCAGCUCGGACUGUUGCAAGUUGAGCUUGAACAAAUGAAUGCAGAAAAUCAGAGGUUAAGAGGGAUGCUUUCUCAAGUUAGCCACAAUUACAGUACUCUACAGAUGCAACUAAUGACAUUAAUGCAACACCAACAACAACAGAGUUCGACAAUGAUAGUAGAAGAAGAUAAGAAACAUCAUGAGGCAGGAGGACCGGUGGUGCCAAGGCAAUUCAUGGACUUAGGCCCUAAUGCCGCUACUGAGACAGACGAGCCAUCUCGUUCUUCAUCAGAAGAAAGAACACCUUCGGGUUCAGGGUCGCCUCCGAACCAUAAAAAUGAGACGGUUCCGUUUGAUCAAAACAAGUCCAAUUACCGGGAUGGGAAAGCGAUUAGGAGAGAAGAAAGUCCCGAAUCAGAAAGUUCUUGA